UUCAUUAUGUACUAAAUAAUGUAUCCUUCCCUGCAGAUGUAUAAGUGUUCAGUUAAAGAGUUCCAAAAUGUUUACUCUAUUUUAUGGAUUGUACAAGUAUUUAUUCAAGAAGGAUGAGUUCUAUGUUCUUAUUCUUGGCCUGGAUAAUGCAGGAAAGACUACAUACCUGGAAGCAGCCAAAACUCAGCUAGUGCGUGGUUACAAAGGUCUUCCAGCCAACAAGAUAACCAGCACAGUUGGCCAGAAUGUUGGAGCCAUUACAUAUGGUGGUGUCAAACUUAAUUUCUGGGACUUGGGAGGACAAGAAGAACUACAAUCUCUCUGGGAGAAGUACUAUGCUGAGUGCCAUGCUGUCAUAUAUGUUGUGGAUUCUGCUGAUAGAGAAAGAAUGGAUGAAUCCAAGGAAGUUUUUGAUCGUAUGAUUUGUUCAAGUAACUUGGAAGGCGUGCCGCUGCUGGUGCUAGCAAACAAACAAGACAUUCCAGAAUGCAUGGGCGUCCGUGAGGUGCGUCCUGUCUUCAACCAGUCUGCGGAGCUGAUAGGUCGGAGAGACUGCAUGGUAAUGCCGGUGUCUGCGCUAACUGGAGCUGGUGUGGAUGAAGGAAUAUCAUGGCUCAUUGACAGCAUAAAAAGAAAUAGUGAAAUUCGGCCACCACAUGGCACGGACGAUACUUAGCUGCUUCAAAGGAAUAGAAAAUUUUCCUCAUACUUUUGGGUCCGGGCACCGCAGCAUAGCAGCUAAAUCACGUGAAAGCAAAAGGUUUCAUCUCUGCUUGUGCAUCAAAGUUUAUAUCUUAUGACUCAUGAGAUAGUUUCGAUAUGUGAAGUAUAUUUUAUCGAAAUAAUCAUUAUUUAUACCUCAAGCUAGCUUCCAAAUAUUCCUGGAAAGAAUCUUCUUCGAAUUGGAACAGGGAAAUAAAAUUCCUAUUUUAAAUUGAAUCAAAGGAAUCGUUAACUAAAAUCCGUUUGUAUUUCUUAACAUACUCUUUUUAAAAGAUGUGAAGAACUUUCCCUCACGAUCAAGACGCAAAUGCGCUCUUCAGUAGCGAUGCACCGGUGAUUAAUGGCCUGAGCCCCAGAUUAAUAACGGAUGAAAAACUCUUUUGUUGCAUAUUGAAUCUUCGCUCUGUUAUUCCUUCCAAUCGACGUCGUUAAAUUUAAUUAGUCCAAUAUUUCAAAUCAAUUUUUUUUUGUGAUUAGAGGAGCUAUUAGCCUGGCUACUAGGCCAUGCUCAUCUGUAAAACAUUUUAACCUUCAGAAUUUGCGAUCUAUGUGAUGCCGUUAUCAUGUAUCAUUAUGAUUUGGUAGUCAUUUAUAGUAAGUCAAUCGCGAAGAUUGUGUAGUAAUUUUGUUAUUCUAGGUACUCCAAGUUCUCGAAGUUACAUAUUAGUUGCUCUUGUUGAAGCCAUUUAUCUCUGAAAAUAAUGAAGUACCAGUAAUGCUGCUCAUGAAAUUUAUUUAUAUUGAAUAGUUGAAGCUGCUUUGUGUUCAAUUGUUGCUUCCUUUCUGUUGUGUGUGUUUUGAUAAGUUUUCUAUCUGAUAGUGAGACAAAGUACAAAGUUUUGUCUGGAAUGAAACCCGUGUCAAACAUGGAAUAUUAAUGAAAUUUUGCGAAAAUUUUCCCGCGAAUUAAAUGUCUUCCUUUUCUUUCGGGUGAUAGCAAACUUGUAAUCAUUUACAUUUGCUAGGUUGUUCUCACAUUGACGGAGAAAUUCAUUAUUUGCUACAUCAAAUUUUAUAUUUUUAUGCCUUGUUUAUUUUCUGGUGAAAUCUGCUCAGCAUAGAUAUUCAAAUAUUCAUUUACACACAGCUAAUCACACGAAUUGAUUACAGCUCCACAGAAUUUCCACCAAGAGAUCUUGUGAAAUUUUUCAUAGGUAUUGUUUGCCUUUAGCUGUUCGGUUGUGGAUUGAUACAUUCAUGUCUGUUGAACGACCAGUAGUAUUUUCAGCAUUACUUAAGUAUUGAACUUGUUAUAUAGACGUCAUUUAUCAUGUGAUCUUGGUGGUUCAACACGAAAAAGUAAUUGCAUUCAAUGUAUAAUUUAUAAAAUCUCUAUUUUCAACUUUAUUUUGAUAAAUUUGCCAUGUUCUACUGUGUAUUAUAGGUGUUGCAUAGUUUUGUACCACAAUAAAUGUAAUUUUAUAUAU